CUCUCCUCCCCAUGCAUAGGACCAUCUUGGCUUUCCUACUCGUCAAGUCUUAAGAGUUGCCAGGUGCUGUGUUGAUCCAUGACCCUUCAGGGACAUCUGGUUGCUUCUCAACCCUGAGCGGCUGCCAAAGAUCACUGCCUGCCUCAUCUGGGAUGGAUGCUCCAGACCUUGUAUGACUACUUCUGGUGGGAACGACUCUGGCUGCCGGUGAACCUAACCUGGGCUGAUCUAGAAGACAGAGAUGGACGUGUCUAUGCCAAAGCCUCAGACCUCUAUGUCACACUACCCCUGGCCUUGCUCUUUCUCAUCAUUCGAUACUUCUUUGAGCUUUAUGUUGCUACACCCCUGGCUGCUCUCAUGAAUGUUAAGGAGAAAACCCGACUGCGGGCCCCGCCCAAUGCCACCUUAGAGCAUUUCUACCUGACCAGUGGCAAGCAGCCCAAGCAGGUGGAGGUAGACCUUUUGUCUCGGCAGAGUGGGCUCUCUGGACGCCAGGUGGAACGCUGGUUCCGCCGCCGCCGCAACCAGGACAGGCCCAGUGUCCUCAAGAAGUUCCGAGAAGCCAGCUGGAGAUUCACGUAUUACCUGAUUGCCUUUGUUGCUGGCAUGUCUGUCACUGUGGAUAAACCCUGGUUCUAUGACUUGAGAAAGGUUUGGGAGGGAUAUCCCAUACAGAGCAUCCUCCCUUCUCAGUAUUGGUACUACAUGAUCGAACUUUCCUUCUACUGGUCCCUGCUCUUCAGCAUUGCUUCUGACGUCAAGCGAAAGGAUUUUAAGGAACAGAUCAUCCACCAUGUGGCCACCAUCAUUCUCCUCAGCUUCUCCUGGUUUGCCAAUUACGUCCGAGCAGGGACCCUCAUCAUGGCUCUGCAUGACUCUUCUGACUCCCUGCUGGAGUCCGCCAAGAUGUUUAACUACGCGGGAUGGAAAAACACUUGCAACAACAUCUUCAUUGUCUUCGCCAUCGUGUUCAUCAUUACUCGGCUGGUUAUCAUGCCCUUCUGGAUCCUGCACUGCACGCUGGUAUACCCACUGGAGCUCUACCCUGCCUUCUUUGGCUAUUACUUCUUUAACGUCAUGAUGGCAGUGUUGCAGAUGCUGCAUAUCUUCUGGGCUUACUUCAUUUUGCGCAUGGCCUACAAGUUCAUAACUGGAAAGCUGGUAGAAGAUGAACGCAGUGACCGAGAAGAAACGGAGACCUCAGAGGGGGAGGAGACUGCAACUGGGGCAGGAGCAAAGAGCCGGCUCCUAGCCAAUGGCCAUCCCAUCCUCAAUAACAACCAUCCUAAGAAUGACUGAGCCACUGUCCUAGCUGCCUCGCACAUUAAUACAUGAAGCCAAGAAACUAGCCAACCCUCCCUUUAGGGAUAUUUGAGCUCUGGGGAGAAAGGAUAUAAGGAGGCGUCUGCACCGACCCUCCUCAUUUCUUUUGUCACUCAGUUGCCUUUAAGCCAGACUAACCAGCUUAUCUCCAUUGGAGAAGAGGCUUGGUUGGUUAUAUCCUGUUUGAGGGGGGAUGGUCUUAUUUCCCUCUCCAUCUUCCAAGCUACUUUUUCUCUUGCUAAACCUUCCUGAGCUCUGAGGGUUGAAGUCAUAACUCACAUUCCUUAUUAAUAAUUUGGAGCUAGCUGUUUGCCUCUGACUCCCUGACUUCAAGCCAGGGUCGUGCCUUAUUGUCCCUUCUCUGGGCCUCAUUCUGCCAAAGCUGGACCAAGGUUCCACCUUUCUAAGCUCCCUAGCUCAGGCCAAAAAUGAAAGCUGAGCUACUUUUAACUUUUGCUCUUCCUUAAACACCAGUUAAUUAAGUGAAGGAGGGUACACCUGCCCCUCACCUGACCCCAGGGACCACGGAUCCAGGAUCUCACUGCCUCCCUUCUCUGGCCUCUUUUCCCUCCCUUCAGCUAAAACAAGCUGGUGUGGAGUAGAAAGGAAACUAGUUUUGUUAUUUAUUGAACAUUUGGGGGUUUCAGUUUUAAAGCCAGAACUACAGCUAGGACCUAGCAUUUUGGCGAGGGACCGUUUCAGACCAAAAUGUACUGUUAAUUUUUUUUUUAAUUAAAGUAUAUUAAAGGUUAAAUAAAACAUGA